AUGGCGGAGAGCGUCCAAGAGCAAGGCUUGAGCGCCGCCGUGAGCGAGCUCUCGUGGAAGGAGCACGCGGAAGCUGUUCGUAGCGGGAGGGUGAAGCACGCCGUAACCCGGUUCCGCCGCGGCGUGCGCCCGAAAGCAAACGGCCGGUACGGGGCGCAGAUCUGGGUGCCGUCGCGGCGCGGUCAUGUCUGGCUCGGCACCUUCGACACCGCCGAGGACGCUGCCAAGGCGUACGGCGCGGCGGCCGUCGAGCUGCAAGCCGCGGAGCCGGCUGUGAAGAAGACGGCGCGUCGCCCGGACGCCUGGACCGAGUUCCGCGGCGUGUACCGGUCGCGCAGCGGCAGGUACGCCGCGCAGAUAGGCCACUCCAAGGAAAAAUCUUGGCUCGGCACCUUCGACGCCGCCGAGGACGCCGCCAGAGCGUACGACGCCGCGGCCGUCAAGCUGCACGGCGCGAGGGCCAUCACCAACUUCAGGCAACAACCCAGCCAGGACAAGGACACCACCGCGGAGGCGAUAUCGGUAAAGGAGGAGGAGGAGACGAUGGGCUUCCUCAACGACUUCCUGGAGAUGCCGGCGCUCGACUUCCUCUUACACAGCCUCCCUUCAGGUGCGCAGCGCGACGAUCCCUUCGCCGAUUUGCCGUCGGCGGAGCGUCAGAUCGUGGACGGGUUCCUCAAGGAGACGGACGUCUCCGACAUGCUUCCCUCAGUUGCGCAGCGCGACGAUCCCUUCGCCGUGCCGCCGGCGGAGCGUCAGAUCGUGGACGAUUUCCUCAAGGUCACGGACCUCUCCGAUGUGGGGCCUUAA